CCCGCCCCCCCCUCCCCCCGCGCGGUGGGUGGUGGCGGCCGCGGGCCGGGAGCGCGGCGGGGCCGGGAUGUGGCGGCGGCUGCGGGCGCUGAGGGACUGCGGGCGGAGAUGGCAGCACCGCCCGGCCAUCCAGGUGACCAACGAGCCCAUCCUGGAGUUCAAGCCGGGGAGCCCCGAGCGAGCGGCGCUCCAGAAGGCCCUCGCUGACCUGAAGGGCAAGACCGAGGACAUCCCGUGUGUCAUCGGGGGGGAGGAGGUGUGGACCCCCACGGUGAGGUACCAGCUCUCGCCCUUUAACCAUGCACACAAGGUGGCCAAAUACUGCUAUGCCAGCAAGGAGCUCAUUAACAAAGCCAUUAACGCUGCCUUGGCAGCAAGGAAGGAAUGGGACCUGAAGCCUGUGCAGGACCGGGCCCAGAUCUUCCUGAAGGCGGCUGACAUGUUGAGCGGCCCGCGGCGAGCAGAAGUGCUGGCCAAGACCAUGGUGGGGCAGGGCAAGACCGUGAUCCAGGCGGAGAUCGACGCCGCCGCCGAGCUCAUCGACUUCUUCCGCUUCAACGCCAAGUACGCACUGGAGCUGGAGCAGAGCCAGCCCCUCAGCGUGGACAUCAGCACCAACUCCAUGGUCUACCGGGGGCUGGAGGGCUUCGUGGCUGCCGUGUCCCCCUUCAACUUCACGGCCAUCGGGGGGAACCUGGCGGGGGCUCCGGCGCUGAUGGGGAACGUGGUGCUGUGGAAGCCCAGUGACACAGCCCUGCUCUCCAGCUACGCCGUCUACAAGAUCCUGCUGGAGGCAGGGCUGCCCCCGAACGUGGUGCAGUUCGUGCCCUCGGACGGCCCCGAGUUUGGGGACACCGUCACCAGCUCCGAGCACUUCUGUGGCCUCAACUUCACCGGCAGCGUGCCGACCUUCAGGCGGCUCUGGAAGCAGGUCUCGGAGAACCUGGACCGCUACCGCAAUUUCCCACGCCUGGCUGGAGAGUGCGGAGGGAAGAACUUCCACGUGGUGCACAGCUCGGCGGACGUGGGCAGCGCCGUGAACGGGACCCUGCGCUCGGCCUUCGAGUUCGGCGGGCAGAAAUGCUCCGCCUGCUCCCGGCUCUACGCGCCGGCCUCGCUGUGGCCCCACAUCAAAGAGAAGCUGCUGGAGGAGCACGGGAAGAUCAAAGUGGGAGAUCCCACCCAGGACUUCGGGACGUUCUUCUCGGCGGUGAUCGAUGACAAGUCCUUUGCCCGGAUCAAGGGGUGGCUGGAGCACGCCCGGAGCUCUCCCAGCCUGACGGUGCUGGCGGGCGGCGGCUGCGAUGACAGCGUCGGCUACUUCGUGGAGCCCUGCAUCGUGGAGAGCAGGGACCCCCGGGACCCCAUAAUGAGAGAGGAGAUUUUCGGGCCCAUCCUGACAGUGUUCGUGUACCCCGAGGAUCGCUACAGGGAGGUGCUGGAGCUCAUCGACACCACCACCCCCUACGGCCUCACGGGGGCGAUCUUCGCCCAGGAGAAGGCUGCCAUCGAGGAGUCCCUGAGGCUGCUGCGCCACGCCGCCGGCAACUUCUACAUCAACGACAAAUCCACGGGGGCCGUGGUGGCCCAGCAGCCCUUCGGGGGCUCCCGCAUCUCAGGCACCAAUGACAAGCCCGGGGGUCCCCACUACCUCCUGCGCUGGACGUCCCCGCAGGCCAUCAAGGAGACGCACGUGCCCCUGGGGGACUGGCGCUACGCCUACAUGCAGUGACCCUGGGGACAGCCAGCCCGGGGGACAGCUGCCACCCCCGCAGCACUUACACUACUGAUCCCUAACCUGCCCCUCCUAGGAGUUCUUUAAAAAAAGAAAAGAAAAAAAAAACCAAACUGUUGUUAAAUGGUAAAGCUCAGAGCGCCUCGUGGUGUCCUCGGUCGCGUGGCACUUGGGGACACGAUGGUGAGUGUGCCAGUGGUUGGAUUGGAUGACUUUAAAGGGCUUUUCCAACCUCA